AUGGAGACCCAGCGUCAGCUCAUCUCUCAUGCCACUGCUAAUGCCGUACAACGCCGAAAGACGUGGAGAGACAUUGCAAAAGAGCUUGGAAUUGAUAUUGGGGACGUGGCGCUUAACAAUCUCUUUCACCGUCACGGCUACAAGCGUUACAGGGCUCGUAAAAAGCCAUAUCACAGCGAGAAGCAGCUCCGCGAUCGUCUCAAUUGGGCCGAGGAGCGUCGAAAUUGGACUCCUGAGCAGUGGCAACGCUUUGUUUGGUCAGAUGAAAGCUCUUUCACCAUGGACUGGGGCCUCGUAUACGUUACCCGUACGAUUGACGAAGGUGACCUCACCGAUUGUAUGCUCCCCCGAUUCAGAAAGUACAGUGAAUGGAUGGUUUGGGGUUGUAUUGCUAACGGAGUAAAAGGACCUCUUGUAUUUGUUGAAAGAGACUGGGGUAAAGCUAAAAAGGGGAAGAAAAAGGGGACUAUUGACGGGGCAGCAAUGCGUAAGCAUAUUGUCCCAAAGAUUUUAGAGAUGAAAGAGUUUAUGGAGACCUUUAUCAUCCCAAAAGAGACGAUUAUCUUUAUGGAGGAUGGGGCUGGAGCCCACCGAUCGCGAGAGACUCAUGAACUGUACGCCAAAAAGUCUAUUCACCGCGAUAACCACCCUGCUAAUUCACCCGAUUUGAACCCAAUUGAGCCUAUUUGGUUGUAUUUGUAA